AUGGAGGCACCUGAGGCCUCAGCGCCAGACCAGGCGCCUUCAGCCCCAUCAGUCUCGAAGAUGGAUUUACGAACAUCCAAACCAUCCCCAAGAGCACGAAGAGAGCGUGCUCAAACAGCCAAGCAACCAAGGGCGAAGAGACGUCCGCCAGUGAACCAGGAGAAUACUGGACAGGGACAAUCGUUUUUCUUCGUCGAUCCUGGCUCGUCGACCAGGGAAAAGCGAGCGCAUGUAAUGCGACAUCAUAUUCAAGAGAAGCGUAAGCAAAACAAAGGGGCAAUCAGCACGGAUCAGCAGGAUGGCAGACCCGGUCGCUACCUACCAUGGCGGAAAAAGCAAAAUAAAGAGGAAAAAGACCGAUCAUCUUCAUCUGCGCCGGAGACUUCACUCCUAUCUCCCGAACUACAGCCUGUUCAGGAACCCACCCCACGGCCACAGGAUGCACUUAGUUCUGCGAGACGAGAUCCAUUCGAUAGUUUCCCUCUGUUUCUGGAACCCGAUGACUACCAGCUAACAGAUCUCUGGACGUCGAAACUGGCCUACUGGUCGGGACAGAACCUUCAUAUGAAGAAUGCCGUCUUUCGAGCGGCCAUGGGGCACCCUGUGGCGUUCCAGGCAGUCAUACUUUGUUACUGUGCUCGAUGGAGGUCCCGGCUAUGUGGCCUGACUCAUGAUCCCGCCGUUGAAAGUCGUGUCAAUAUGGUGGAGAAGGCCACUAACGAUGCCAUUGGGGGGGUAAUAGGAAUGGAUGAAGAUUACCUUGCCAUGGCGCUGACCGGUCUAUCCUUGCAAGAACAACGGUUUGGCGAGAAGAGGAGAGCGGAACAAUUCGCAGACAACGCCGCGCAGAUUAUAAGGUCCCGGACAGGGACCUCUCGUCUUGUCGAUGUACUUCUGCACUUCGUCCGAUCUGUCUCGGCACCGUCUGAUGCUGCUAUCGAUGCUGAUGGUACACGGUGGCUGGUCACUUACUUACGGAACGCCGAACGGAUCAUGGCAGACCAGAGUCGCGAAGAGUUUCUGUCCCUCGUACCAGAACGCCGAGAUGCCUUCCAGUUUGAAAGCCCCUUGUAUCCUCUCCUCGCAGCUGGGCCUCGCCCGACACAGGUGCCACUUGACCACCGGAUAUACGUAAUGCAAAGCAUCCCAACACAAGAUAUGUGUCGAACAGCAGCCCUGAUAUACAUAACGACAGCACUUUGGGACUUCAGGCACUCGCCUAGUAGAACAGCCCGUUUUCUCGAGCAAACCAUGUUUCACGUGAAGGAACGUGGCCUUGAUCGCUAUCCCGCCUGUGAAUCGUUUUUGUGGUUGCUACUGGAGGAAGUUUAUGACCCGGACCUGAAAGACCCCGAGCGGGCAUGGUCCACGGUCAGACUGCUCAAUAUGCACAAGGUGCUCAGCCCAAGCGUGCAGUUCCACUUCAGUGAACUCCUCAUGAGUUUUCUGAUGCUGAACAAACCGCUGCGGGGAAUCGACGCAUUCGAGGAAGAAUUACUUCGGCCCGUGCCGUGA